GCCGUGGUUUAGGCACAUCAAUGUCAACAUCAGGCCACCUGGAACGAAGAAGAACGAGUUCUGAAAUUCGGGAUAGAAAGCCCAAAUAAGUUUUUUGUAUAAAUGGCUUUUGUGUCCAAUAGUGAUGAUUUAUUUGACUCCAUUAUCAUGGCAGAUGCCAGGUUUCACGAUGAAGGCUAUCAGGAAGGGUUUGAGGAGGGAAUUCGACAGGGAACCAUAGAGGGUCGAAAUCACGGGCGGCUACACGGAGCCAAACUCGGUGCAGAGGUUUCUUUUUAUUAUGGAUUUGCCCAAGCAUUUAAAUAUCUCCUUCAGAACAGUAGUGACGUUAAAGCAAGAAAAAGGCUGAAAGCUAUGGAAUCUUUGAUUGGAUUGAUCCAGAACUUCCCAUACGAGGACCCUCAGUAUGAGAAACUUCAAGAGGACAUGGAAAGGGUGCGUGCCAAGUUUAGACAGGUGUGCUCUUUACUGAACGUGGCAACAGACUUUAAAGAAUAUGUGAGUGGAUCAACGGGAAUGUCCUUCUAAGACGACAGGAGCCUUACAGCAGCCGUGGCGAUGAUCUGCAGACAGACAGUACUGAUGAGGGGGUUUGUGGUGCUCACGUGCAAUGUGUACACGAGUGGACUGUUAUCACUCUCACUGGAUUCUGAAACUGACUUCUAGAAAACAGAGUGGAAGCGUUUGAGUGCUAUUCUUAGGCGUUUGAGAGUUUUAAAGUGAGAUAAACGGGUGAAAUAGCAGCAGUAAUACAAGUUCAUUUAAUAUACAAGACAAACCAAAGUCAGCAUCUUCAUGACAAUAUUCCAUCUACUAAGAUGAUUUUUAACAUUUGUUUUAUGGACAAAGGCAUUUUUAUAGACAAAGCUGUUUAAAAAGAAGACGAUAAACACCAUCUUGUGGUGAAACUGGGAGAAUGGUUCUUGCCGUUAGGUGUCACCGCCUGCUGGUAAACUGCAAGUACUGCAGGAUUGUUACUCAUGACAUUAGGAUCAAUUAAAAUCAGUAAUGAAAAAGGUAUAAGCGGCACAGACAGUUUUGCAAGAAAUGUUUUACAAUAUUGACUCUUAGAAUGCUUUACUGGUGAGUCUACGUCUACAUUAAAAGACAUUUCAGAAUAAAGUAAAUGAUGAACAUACAUUAUAAUGAUGUGGAGCGGUCUAAAUUAUGGUCCAUAUAAUUUUUAUUAUUCAUAGUAAUUAUAAUAACAAUGCCUUUUUCAAGUAAUUUUUAUUAUUAUUAAUAUGACUUAUUUUUGUUGAUGAUUUUUCCUUUCUCUUUUAUUAGUUCAAGAUGUCACAAAUCCUUUAGAUAUUUUAAUAGAGAUUUUAAUAUCUAUUUUUAAAGAUUACAUAAUCCAGAGCUGGUGGAUUAGAUUGAUUUGACAUUACACAUCUGCCAUUUGCAGAAAUCCCGUUUCCCUUUAGUUAGUCUUAGUUAACCAGCUCUGAAUCCUAAGAAAUUCCUUUGCUGGGUUCCUCAGUGCUAUUUCACGGGUGGUCAGCAGAGUCUGCUGACUGGUAGUUUUCCUCCCCUCUCCUGGGUCCAGAAUGGGGACAGUUGCUGUGGGCUCAACAAUGCUGUAGUGGGGCCCGUGCGAGAGGCCAGGGGGCUCUGGUUUUGUUCUGCUCCCCUCACACUUAAAAUCUGAGGUGCAGAUCAGAAUUCAGGCAGACAGGUGUUGGCAGGAUAUUAGAGGGUGUUUCUAGAGAUGGCAGCUGGUCUACGCUGUGGGCAGCAGCAGGUAAACUGUUGGCGGCACCUUCUGAGCCCUGACAGAUAAAACCCUGCUCUUCCCUGAAGACCUCCAGUCAGCUGCUACAUCAGUCAUUUUGUGCUGGUGGAAUCAGACAAGGUUUGGUUUAGGCAUUAAUUGGGAGCCAGAACUACAUAUAUUAUAGAGUAGUGAACAUUGAAUAUCAUUGCAUUAGAAAAUAACUAGAAAUGAGUUAAAAAUAAGACAAAACCAAGUGCCAAAGAAUAAAAAUAAGUCAAACUAUGUGCCAUUUGCAAACAAAUUAUGCUAGAGCUUUUCUCUGAAAUGACUUUCAAGAAGCUGAAAAACAAGUGCCAUUGAAGUGAUUUUAUAGGUUGGACAGUAUGAAGUCAAUAUACAUCAAGUUCACUCGGAUAGUUCAUCACACAAACUAUGAAUGUAAUGAUUCACAACCACAAAGUUUCACUAUAUAUAUAUAUAUAUAUAUAUAUAUAUAUAUAUAUAGUUUUAUUAUCUACACCUUAUGCUGUUGUUGUUUAAAAUAAACCCACCUUGGUUUGAUAUUUUGUAAACCUAUACAAUGAUUUAAUGAUUCUAGUACAUUUUUAAGUGUGGUUCAAUUUUCCAAAUACUUUAGCAGCCAUUGUAUAUUAUGUUCAAGAAAUGGUAUAAUCCAAAAAUUAAAAAUCAGUCGUUUACUCAUCCUUUGUCGCUCCAAACCUGUACAAAAGAAGAUAAUUUGGGGUUGAAACAACACUGGAUCCCACUGACUUUCAUUUCUCAUUCAAAUUUGAUACUUUUAUCUUCAGUCAGUCGCACGGGUUUAGACUGACAUGAGGGCGAGUAAAUGAUAACAGAAUGUUCAUUUCCCAUUAAAGUUUUCGUAUUGUGAUGUUGUAGAAUUAGAGUCCAUGAGUGGCAGUAGAGUCUUCUGUAGAGUGUUAAUAUUUGUAUAAUCCAUAAAUGAUACAUCAUCUUUUUCACAUAUUGUGUUUGUGAGUGAGAGAGCAAGGGGAUGGCUUAUUCCAAAUGCAGAACAGAAGAACAUGAACUUAGGGGGUGUAAGACAGAGGGCUGAGUCUGUGAAAGAGAGUUAGAGGAGCAAUGUUUCUUUGGUUUCCUUUCAGUUGUGGAACAGAGUGGAUGGGGCCAGCGAAAGGGAGGGAGGCAGAGAAAAUGAAGCAGGACGCUGGAAGGUUUCAGAAAAUGUUCAGGAAUUUCGGGAGCAGGUGGCGAGUGGUGACAUGAAAGGAGGACGUGACAAAUGCAACCGACGGGCACUUGAAAAAAAAAAGGCCUCAAGUUGAAUGGUGGCAUAGUAUCUCCCUUUUUUGCCUUGGUGCCUCAUACCCCCCACUCUUUCCCUCACACACACACAAGCUCCAAUCUCAGCAUUGAGCUGCUCGCUUCCUCGCAUGGUUCAUGAUGUGGAUGAUAAAUGCGCAAUUCCUAUUCACAGCACAGACAAGAAAGGUUCAGCCACUUCACUCAGAUGAAGGUGGUGGUGGGGGGAGCAUGUGGCCAUGAGGGAAAAUAGUUGAGUUUUGGCUAGUGGUCAUACUAUAUACGUUAAUAUAACAAUUCAAUUCUGAUGUAAUGAUCUCAACUGACAACAUGAAUCUUCAUGGUCAUGUUUAUGUAACAUCCAACAAAGUUGUAGUCUUAGAAUUGGAAUAUGAUCAGUUGUGUUUUGAAAAUGAAUGACGUUUUUUUUUUUUUUUUUUUAAAGGCUUCAUUAUAUCUGUAUAUUUCACCCUGAAAUAUUUAUUGGUAAUAAAAAUAAAUAGAAAAAUAAUAAUUUAUGACACCUUAUGUAAGUUUUGCAGCUUAUCCUUGAAGCUCACAAGGACAAGAGGAGGGAACUCCAUCUCCAUCCCCCAAUUACAUUACAUAAUGUUAAUAAUACCAAUCACCAAUGACACUUGUAUUCACUUGUGUUAGGGCUUAAAUUGAUAGUUCACCCAAAAAUAAAAAUUCACUUAAUCAGCGUCAUGUCAGUUCAAAAAAAUGUCCUUUUUGGUCUUUUCUUAUCUCUUUUUUUUCUCUUCUUUUGUGUUCUGCAGAAGAAAU